GCCGUUAGGAGGCGGGACUUCCUGUCCCUCGGGUGUAAGUCAUCAGGAGGCGGAAGCGCAGCGGGGGUGGGAAGGUGGUAGAACACCGCCUUGAACUCGGUUUGCAGGUCUUUAAGUGGUCGCGCCCCCUUGGAGAACGCGACCAGAAGGCGAGGCGGUCCCGGGCUUUCUAGCCUCGCGGUGAUUGGACCACUUGCCACGGAACAUAGUUGAAACAGAAAAUAGGAAGAUGGCAGCAAACCCUUCAGGACAAGACUACUCAUCUUAGACUCUAAUUAUACAUUCAUUUGUGUAAUUAUUUGAUAAUCUCUAUCUUCACGGGAAUGUUUAAGAACCAUGAGAACUAGCAUCAAAUCAAGUUGUGGCUCAUCAUUGCAUCCUUAGACUCCACCUUAGUGCCUGUUUUCAAAACAAAAAUAGAGUUGCAAUCUUGGCAGAACUGGACAAAGAAAAAAGAAAAUUACUAAUGCAGAACCAAUCUUCAACAAAUCAUCCUGGAGCUAGCAUUGCGCUCUCGAGACCCUCUCUUAACAAGGACUUCCGGGACCACGCUGAGCAGCAGCACAUUGCAGCCCAGCAGAAGGCGGCUUUGCAGCAUGCACAUGCACAUUCAUCUGGAUACUUCAUAACUCAGGAUUCUGCAUUUGGGAAUCUUAUUCUUCCUGUUUUACCUCGCCUUGACCCAGAAUGAAGAAAAUAUUUGUAACAAAAGUGACUUUGUAAUAUCAAAUGCCAAAGCUACUAUCAGUUAGUGCUAUACAAACUGUGACUUGCCGAAUUUUGGUGAACUUUUACAUAUUUUGUUUCUUUAAAAGAAAGAUAUGUGUAAGUGAAAGCAAAAAAGGAGGGUGACCAGGAUGAUGAAAGCUCUGGAAGCUGUAUUAUCUGAGGAACUGAUUAUGCUACCCAUGACUGUAACUUUUGUGUAAUGCAGUUUGAUUUUUAAUUCUGAGUCAGACUCUGAAUUAAUUGGAUGUGGUCAUAUAAACCCACCCCACCACCAGCUAGUUGGACUGAGUAUAUUAUAUCUACAGUAGACUUUCAAUAACCAUUUACAGUACUUAACUUUAAACAAAUGAGGGUGCUUUUUAAAAAUGUGAACCAAUAGGCUUUAAUAAGUUACAUUCACAUUUGCUGUUUAUAGAAUUGAUAUCAGUGUACCUUUUGAGUUUAUAAUCAACGUAUCUUGAAAUAUCCUUUAACUUGUGACUCGUUCCCCAAUUCUCAAUUUUAAAGGAAAACCCAAGAUAAGACUAAGUUACCAACCGGUCUUAAACAUCUUUUAUAAACCUAUGCCACUACAAAUUAUGUGACUAAAUGCUAUUAAAAACAAUUAAUAAGAAAUGUAGUUUUAAAUUUUGUAUAUGCUCUUAUUUAGUGUUACUGCAUAAAUGGUGUGCCUGUACAGUUUUACUGCCCAUUUUUGCUCUAAUUAGAAACAUUAAUUAAAGUUGAGCCCCUUUUUAGUUACUGUAAAAAGGAAAGAAUUAGGUUAAGCAAGUUUCUCAACAUGAUACAUCUUUAACAGAAUCCAGGGUGCUUAUUUAAAUAUGCAGUCCCUACAGCUGACCCUAGUCCCACGGAAUUAGUGUCUCUAAUUCAAAAUAAAGUCUGAAAACCAUGGGUUAGAGAAUUCAGUUGUAGGUCCCUGAAACUUAGAGGUCAUUUAGCUAACAUCGACAUUUUUUUUACUUGUAAUAGGACUGAAAUUAAGUUUUCUACUAUGUCACAGAUAUAGUAUUUUUUGUAACUGACCUCAUCUUGGCCUUGAGUCCCCAUCCUCCCUCUCUGGUGGUAGCCUGAAAUUAAACUUGAGAUUCCAGUUUGGGUCAAUAAUUAGAAAAAGUUCAUCUCCCUUUUCGAAGAGUUUCUUCUCUCUCCUUCCCUUAGAUAUUUGUACCAACCACACAGCCCCAUCUUACCUAAACUAUAUGAAAAGGAGUGGACAAUCCUAGAUACGGCCGUGCCAUUUAGAUUCUUUCUGUUGAGAACUGGGACUGGUUUUCUUCAUUUGGGUGAGUUGGCAGCUGUCCCCAUCGUAACGGUCACCAUUACAGCAAAGGUGCCCUUUCUUCUGCUGCUGAGGAUCACCUGGGGCCUUUGCCUCCGCCCUGCGUCAGGUCCACACAGCUAGCCUUGGCCCUUCUUAUGGUGGCCCUCAUUUUCUUGAAUUGAUUUGACUAAGUUUCUGUUCUGUGUGAACCAGGAGCUACUGGCAUCAUUCUAAAUCUACUGAUGCUAAGGAGAUAAAUUUUUUGGAUUGUAUAGUUUUUUAUUGUUGAAGCCUCUGCCAAAUGUGUGACUUUUAUAACCUCGGUUAAAGAGAUCUUUUUUCCAGUGGUAUCUUUUCUGGUCUCAGCCUUUCAAAAAGAGUAAGCACUUCCUUCACCCCUCUCCUUUGAGUCACUUACAAAUUCAGUUCAGUUCCAUGUGUAUUUUUUAAUACCUACUCUGUAAAGCUGUGCUUUGGGGGGAAAAGGAGAGUAAGACUUGCUCUUAAAGAGAUCACGGUGGAGAGGAUCCUACUCUGGUACAGCAGUGAGGAAGCCAGCGUCCAGUGAGUGGCACAGGGGCCGCAUCCCGGAGCACGCGCAGUCUACACAGACCUAGGAGUGUCGAUGUGAUUUUACCUGGCAGGGAAGGGAAGAGCUGCUCCAGGUAGAGGUCAAGAUUUCAUAGUCAAAGAGAAGUAGGGACGACGACAGUUGUGAGGGCUGCAGAGGGUACUGGAGAGGGCCGCAGUGGGCUCCGUCAGAAGCCCUGAGGACAAGUGCCAGCGUUGCUCCCCUCGGGCCUUGCGCGCGUGUGGCUAAGCCACUGAACCUUGAGCUUUACGUGUCACUCUGUCUCAUCUGUAAGACGGCACAGAACACACUCUGCCUACUCCAUAAAGUGUCUAGAGCAGUAUUUUUCAAAGUGCAGGUCUCAACACGUUACCGAAUUGAGAGGCCAACUUAAUAGCUGAAUGGGGUGUGACCCGCUUUUUUUUUUUUUUUUAUAAAAUAGAAAAUAUCAGAGUACAUGGCAUGUAGUAAUAGGAGGUUUUGUUCAUGAGUCUUCCUUUUCUGUGUGUUUGUGUGUUUUACUUAUUUUGUUUAUUGUAUGCUCCACUAGCAUGUAAGGUCUUUGAAGGCAAGGGCUUUUGUUCCCUCCUUCCUUUUUGUUUACUACUGUAUUCUGCUGAGAAUAGUAUUUGGCAUAUUGUAGGUAGUUAAUACUUACUUAUUGAAGGAAUUAAUGAAUAAAUAUGACCUGGAUCAUAAUAUAAAGGUUUUUUUUUUUUUUUUUUUUUUUUGAAAUGGCAAAAAUGUUUUGAAAGCCACUGCUGAAUAAUACAGAUGAUAGUGCUUUGUAUGACUCUGGAAUAAAAACUGAAAUGACUUAA